CAACCAACUGCUCGCUUGCUUGCUUGUUGUCGUUGGCUGAAAAGGAGGAACAAGAGAUACACACCCACUCACUCGCCAACACAACCUCCCCUUGCCACCGCAACGCACAACACACAACGCACGACGCUGAAGGAGACUUCGCUCGGUUUGUUUGUGGACACACCCUCCCGACCUGCGCUCCACUGGCUAUCACAGCAACGGCAUCGUCAUCUCCGGAGCCACACAGGCAGACAGACAGACAAACAGACAGACAAACAACAGCCAUGAGCAAGUUGGAUGCGUUGAGAGCAGAGCACGAGUCGCUCCUGGCUCGCCUCACAGAACGCCGCCGCGCUGUCCGCGACACAGACCUGCAACAGGUUGCCCUUGGCGUUGACUCGCUUGGAAUGCAGUAUUCACUGCGCCCGCGCCGCGUGCUCCGGGGCCACUUUGGCAAGAUUUACUCCGUGCACUGGGCAUCAGACUCACAGCACCUUGUCAGCGCAUCGCAAGACGGCAAGCUCAUCGUGUGGGACGCCUACAACAACGCAAAGGUGUUUGCCAUCCCACUUCGGUCCAACUGGGUGAUGACGUGCGCAUAUUCCCCGUCUGGGUUCUACGUGGCCUCUGGCGGCCUUGACAGCCUGUGCACCGUCUUCAACCUCGAGAAGCAGGACGAGCAGAACGGCGCCGUGCACCAGGAGCUCGCAUACCACACCGGCUUCCUUUCCUGCUGCCGCUUCCUCAACGACCGGCAGAUCCUGACGUCGUCCGGCGACAAGACGUGUGCGCUGUGGGACAUUGAGCGGGCAAAGCCCAUCACCGUCUUCACGGGCCACACGGGUGAUGUCAUGAGCCUCAGCCUGAGCCCGGACAAGCAGACGUUUGUGUCUGGUGCGUGCGACUCGACCGCCAAGCUGUGGGACAUGCGUGAUGGCAAGUGCAAGCAGACCUUCCACGGCCACGACGCCGACAUCAACACCGUCGACUUCUUCCCAAGCGGAUACGCAUUUGGCACUGGUUCGGACGACACGACGUGCCGCCUCUUUGACAUUCGCGCCGACCAGGAGGUCAACGUCUUCUCCUCCGAGCGCGCAAAGGCGGGCGUGACCUCUGUUGCGUUUUCGAAGAGCGGGCGGCUGCUGUUUGCCGGCUAUGACGACUUCAACUGCAACAUCUGGGACACCCUGCGCGGCGAACACAUUGGGGUCCUCGCCUCACACGAGAACCGUGUCUCAUGCCUUGGCGUAUCGGACGAUGGUGUUGCGCUGUGCACCGGCAGCUGGGAUCAAACCCUCCGCAUCUGGACCUAAGCCCUUCCCCCACACCCUUGAACACAUACACACUCUCACUCACACACUCACACACUCACACACUCACACACACACACACACACUCACACACUCAUGCACCCGUGCACUCACAAGCACAAGCACAUACACACACACAUCAAUCGUAUGCCCCCUUCCUCUUGUCGUCGUCAGUCGCUCUUGGAUCUUCAGCUGCUCUCUGGCUCUCGUGCUGUUGUGUUUCUUUGUGCUUGUGUGGGCGCAUUUCCUUCUUCGUCUCCUUUUGCUUCUGUUGUUGACUAAGAAUGUGCUUUCGUUUCCAAUCACUGUCUGCCUUUUUGGUUUUUGUGUGUGUGUGUGUGUAUGUUUUGUGCAGUGUGUUGUCUAUUUCCUGUGCACCCCACAUGCACUCGAUUCUCGUUUUGGGUUGUGUCCACUCGUUCUUCUCCCUUGACCUGUUCUUCGACCUGCUUGUUUUUUUCCUUUCCUCUCUCUCACUCUCACGCACGCACACACACUCACUCACACUCACGCACGUUGGCCGUUGCUUCUCUGUGUUCCUGUGAUAGAAAGCGUGCGCGCAUGCUCCUCGUUGUGCUCCUGUCGUUGUUGUAAAAUGUGUACAUCGA